GGUGCAGAAGGGAUUCGACGACAAUCGCAAUGCGGAGCUCGACACCUGGUGCGCCGGUCGCGCGCGCUCGCUGCAGCAGCAGUUCAUGCUCACCGCCGACCACGUGCAGGUGCUGGCGGGGUUGGCGACGGUGUUUGGCGGCGUGAGGACGAACCCCUGGGCGGUGGGCAGCUGCCUCACGCAGCGGCGCUUCGUGCACCUGGUGGAGCGCACCGUGGCGGCACAGCCAUGGGUGCACGCCGUGGGGUACAUGGCCGUCAUCAACGGAUCCGACAGGGCGGCCUUUGAGCAGCGGGCGCAGUGCAAGCUGUUGGACAUCUUGGGCAAGCCGGCCCCGGAGGCGGAUUGGUACAUGAACUCGCGCGUGUGGUUCCAGGAGAACCCGCCCAUACCGCUGCUCGAGAUGACCUCCACGUGUGUGAACGUGCGCACACACCCCUCGUACGGACCCGGGCUCUCCCACAUCCACCAGCUGCCCGCCAACCAGCUCAACAUGCCCUACGUGCUUGAUAACGGCGAGGCUGGCAUGGGCAUGGGAUUCCCAAUCUUCAGGGACGGCGUGACCACAGCCUCGCCGCUGGAGGAGAGGCGGGCGGCGCUGGUGGGGCUGAUAGCGGCGUCCAUCGACUUCAAGAGCCUCGCCGCCUUCAUCAUCAAUGAAGUGCUCCGCCAAGGCGUGGAAUAUUCUCUGGAGGUGUAUGACGUCACUGCCACGGAUAUCCUCCCCAACUCCUCCACCCCGCUGGGCCCGCGCCUGCUGUACGGGGUGGGGGACUUGCCUGAAGGCAAUCCAAUGCAAGUGGCCAAGCUCAUUCCGCCCUCCAACGAGACAAUGCUGCAGCCACACCGACACAAGUCCGUGCAGCAGAUCAAUCUCACCGACACAUCAAGAUCGUACCAGCUCUGGUGCCGCUUCAGUGGCGCCGAUGCGGUCGUCAGCUGGACGUCUGUUCUGCUGGGGGUGGUCAUUGUGGUGGUGGCGGCGCUGUUGGCGGCUAUCGGGGUGAGCGUGGCGUGCAACACGCGGGGCGUGCGCGAGAAGGUGACGGCGCUGGCGGUGCUCAAGGAGAGAACGCAGGUGGCGGAGCGCAACAAGAGUGCCUUCAUCGCCAACACUGCGCAUGAGCUGCGCACCCCCAUCAUCGGCCUGAAAGGCAUGUUGGAGGAGCUGGCGGAGGGGGAGGUGGACGGGCGGCAGAGGGAGGACGUGGGGACGGCGGUGGGCGAGGUGGAGCGCAUCGUGGCGCUCAUCAACGUCGUGCUCGACGUCUCCAAGGCCGAGGCCGGCCGCCUGCACAUGGAGCACCUGCCCUUCCACACCCGCUCCUGGCUCCGGGACGCGCUGCACUCCCAUGCCUGCGCCGCCCACGCGCGCAACCUCAACUUCGCGUGCCGUGUGGAUACGAGUGUGCCCGAGGUGCUGCAGGGGGACUACAUGCGCCUGCAGCAAGUGCUGGACAGCAUCGUGGGUGAGUCAAGUGCUGGACAGCAUCGUUGCAUCGUGGGUGAGUCAAGUGGUGGACAGCAUCGUAGCAUCGUGGGUGAGUCAAGUGGUGGACAGCAUCGUAGUCAAGUGGUGGACAGCAUCGUAGACAAUGCCAUCAAGUUCACGAGCAGCGGGGGCGUGUGUGUGCGGCUGCAGUGCCUUCCCCCCGACACCCACAUCCCCACCCACCUGCUCUCCCUCGGCUGCCUCGUCGCUGAAGCCACCCCCGGCUGCUCCUCGCCUGCCGCUGCUGCUGCUGCCGAUGCUGCCAGUGCGGGUCUGGCAGCAGAGCCGGUGUCGUGGAGGGAGCAGGUGGAGCAGCGCGGGCUGCUGUGGGCCGUGAUGGGCAACUGGGACCCGCAGCCACUGCGCAACCAGCUGACGUCACUCAGCGCCCGCUUCUCCAUGAGCCCCUGGCGCACCCCUCUGGCGGAGGGGGGGGAGCAGGGUGAGGAGGACGGGGAGGGGGAAGGGAAUGGGGAGGGGGAGGGGGAUUGGGAGGGGGAGGGGGAGGAGGAGGAGGAGGGGGAGGGAGUGGGCCAGAGGGGGGGGAGGGAAGAGGGGGAGGGGGAGAGGCAGGGGCAAGGGAAGGAAGGGUGGAGUGAUGCAGAACACGAGCGCAGGAAAGGUGAGGGGGUUUCGGAACAAUGGAGAGGUGACGGUGGGGGCGCAGCAGUGCGAGAAGAAGGCGAUGGGGAUAGGGCAGUAGGUGGGGGUGCUAGGGUGGGAGGAACAUGUGGUGUGCAGCAAGGUGGGGAGGAGAGUGGUGGGGGGGAGAGGGAAGGAGAGGGUGGCAGUGGUUGGAGAGGAGGGGAGGGGGCGUCAUUGAUGCACAGCCAAGGGGAGGAGGGGGAUGAGCGAGAUAGAGUGGGUCCAUGUGCUAGUGCGCGUGAGGGGGGUGCGCGUGAGGGGGGUGCGCGUGAGGGGGUUGCAGGGGUUGCGUGCGAGGGGGGGAGGAGUGAGAGGGAAGAAUGUUGGGUAGAUGGCACAUGUGAAGCAGGCAGUGAAGCAGCAGCAACAGCAGAAGGUGGUGGUGGCAGGGGCACAUGGAGGGAUGCAGUGAGGAGGUGGUGGCAGGGGCCGGCUGAGGAGCAGAGCACGGUGCAUCCGGGGGAUGCUGGCAGGCGGUGUGUGGUGCUGCUGACAUGUGAGGACACGGGGUGUGGCAUCGCAGAGGAGGAGCAGCGCGACGUGUUUCAGGCGUUCAUGCAGGUGAGCUCACAGCAUGUGUGUUGGGGCACCAAGGAGCGCCUCCCUUUCUACUUCGUCAACCCCCUCUCCUGCUGCUCCAACUUGUCGCAGGUGUCCCUUCUGGGCGGCAGCAUGGGUCUGGUCAGCGCAGAGGGCAUCGGCACCACUCUGCACGUCGCUCUGCCCUUUGAUGCAGCACCACCUCCUCCUUCUCCACCUCCUGCAUCUGCUGCUGCUGCUACCGCUGCUCAUUCCUCUGCUGCCCAGUCCUCUGCUUAUUCCGCUCUAGCUGUUGGUUGUGGUGCUGCCGAGGGGGGCGAGCCCAGCCCCAUUGCCAGAGUGGGCAACAGAAGCUUGAGUGCGAGCGCGGGGGUGGAGGAACGUGGAGAGGCGGAGGGCACAAGCGUGGUGGAGGGGGCGGGUGAGAAGGUGGUGUGCGCCAAGGAGGCUCUCAAGGAGAUGCUUCAGGGCAUGGCGAUCCUGGUGGUGGACGACAACGUGAUCAACCGGCGGGUGGCAGCGAGCACGCUGGCGCGGUACGGGGCGGAGGUGGCGCUGGCAGAGUCGGGCGAGGCGGCGCUGCGCCUGCUGCAGGCGCGCCACUCCUUCCGCCUCGUGCUCAUGGAUCUCCACAUGCCCGGCCUUGAUGGCUUUCAGACUACUACCCGCGUGCGCGCCUUCGAGGCCGCCGCUCAGAUGGCCCGGGAAGAACAGGGACAACAGGGGUUGCAGCGCAUGCCAGUGGUGGUGGAGAGUGUGGCAGAGGGGGGGGACGAGGAGGGGGGCUGGCAGUGGCAGCAGCGGGUUCAUGUGGUGGCCAUGUCAGCAGAUGUGGACAGCAGUGUUGCCGCCCGUGCCACAGAGGCUGGCAUGGAUGGUGCCGUGCAGAAGCCACUCAAUGAGAGAGUGCUGCUGCAGGUGCUCUCAACAUUGUUUGUGAAGAGACGGAGGUACAGAACCCACUCGAUGUACUAA